AAAGAGCAUAUGCGAACUAAAAUGAGUACCUCUCAAAAUACAACACCUACGAUGUUUUUAUCAUCCUCUUUUUCUUACAAGGGAAAGAUAUGCUAGAAAGUAUGAACCAUUGAGAGGGUGUCUUUUGAUCAUGGUUGUCGUAGGCGGGUCCCAAUGGACAUGGUUCCAAAAGGCUUUUCGGCUGCCUACAAAUACCCACAUGCCACUCUUCUUUCUUUGUCAUCGGCCUAUCAGCCUCCGCAGCCACUCCCUCAAAACAUCAUAUUCACCAUCAUCGUCCUCGUCAACAUCGUCACCCUCCUCUCCCCGUAUCCCUUGCAGCUGGCACUCAGCUACUAGUCAGCUUUACCGCCCUCUGCUUUCGUUUCUCUGAAUUUUUUUCACUUUUAUACAGCCCAAGUGCUUUUCCUUCUCCUUCAAAUAAUUUCUGGAGAUGUCAACUCCUUUGAGCAAGAGCCUCUGCUUGUCUUCGUCUCUCUCGAUCAACAAAGAGGCUACGAGUAUGGAAAAACAGGGCAUCGUCACCAUUCUCCGGUCAGACUGUGAAAGAACCAAAGCUGCUUCUCUCCGAAGAACCCUAUCCGCAGAUAUGUCCUCCAAGAAAUGGCUGGCUCAAAAUGGGUUAUCUCAGGCCAUGAAAAAGACCGCAUCCUCUGAACAACUUUUGCUGUCUUUAGCAGAUUCAUCUUCCUUGUCAGGAGAAGACGACUGUGAAGAAAGGAAGGAACAGCUCGAAGGGAAGGAGCAGAAGGAAGAGCUCGAGAAACCGGGACAAUUCGAUAUAUGGAGCUCGAUUGUAUCUCAAAAGGACAACCAGGACACACCAAAAGUACUUCCGCCUCCUUAUACUCACCCUCUUGCGAAGAGAUCAGCGAGCUCUUUGAGCGGAAAGAGUCUCGAAAUAUGCACGGAGAGUCUCGGAUCGGAGACCGGCUCCGACGGUUUCUCAUCAGACCCAUCAGCGGAGACGGAGGACGUGGAAGAGGAAAAGGUGGAUGAGGAAGUAGAAGAAGAACAACAACAACAAAAUCUGAAGAUGUUCUCUCAAGCUUUUGAUCAUAGAGAGGAAUUGAGGGUGGCAAAAUACCAUCAUGCUUCUACUGAACAGAAAUCAAAGCCGAAAUCGUUCCCUCCACCUCUUCCUUCUCUCACUCGUAAAGAUGGGGCGUCUCUCCUCAUGCAGACUCAUCGAGACAACGGACGAUUAGUCCUUGAAGCUGUGACCGUGCCUUCGCAAAACCAGUUCCACUCCGAACGGCAAGAUGGCCGCCUUGUCCUAACUUUCCUCAGUAGUCUCUCGAGUGAAGAUGCCAAAGAUGAAAAAUGGGUCGAGGGCGAUCAGCAACAGGAGGAAGAAGAAGAAGAAGAAGAAGAAGAAGUUAACAAAGAAGUGUUAGAAGGUGAAUUCGAGGACUUUGAGGAAGUUUAUGACGGCGACGAAGGAGGACACGUGGAGAACGAGCUGGAAGGUGAAGAAGUUGAGAGCUUUGAUGAUGAAAAUGUACCCAAAGGAAUGGAAAUAGUGAUCAUCGAGAAAGAGCCAAAGUUGUCAAGUAGGGCGAUAAGCGUUUAUAGAUUAAUAGCUCUAACAGUGAACAAGCAGAUUAGAAUAGCAGAUAUGAUGAAUCCUUCAGUGACGAAAUCUCUUCCACCACACCCACUCGUGGCUCGGCUCAUGCCCUUAUCACCACAUGACGCAGCUUCCUCAAGUACUGCUGCUGCAGCAGUAGCUUCUUUCAAUUCUUAUGAGUACUACUGGUGGGCCGAGCCUACUGCGAACCCAAUUACUCAGCAAUUACCAACAGCCCUCCAAAGCAAUGGAAACAAACCCAUUAUCUCUAAGAUUCCAAUACCAAAUGAGCAGCGACAGCUCUUUGUUCUGAGAGGAAACAGAGGAGAUUACUCGGGUCCUUUGGUAAAAGGCUGCAAGAAGCCUAGAAGAUCUCUUCUGUUAUGGGAGCCCAAUUGGAUUGCCACCUCCUGAUCCAUACAUACAUCCUUUUACCCUCUGCAUAUUAAUUUCUUCUGCAUUAGUACUUGUUAUUAAUAUUAUUGUGCCCCUUUUACGCCAGUCUUUGUUUACCCAACUUCUAGUCUUUCAGGGGCUGUAUAGCCAAUAAAAGAAAA